CCUUUGUCUCAGUCGCUCCGCCGCCGAGGAGAUGGUCGGAGCUACGGAUCGAGCUUGGCACCAGCUCUCCGCUUUCGACCGAGGUCUCCGCCGUCUCAACCCGCUCACCCUCGGGAAAGUGACACCGUCGUCCCUUCACACCAUAAGCCGUGCAGCGACCGCAAGCCGCUUUUAACUCGUUGUGCCCCCAACCCCCCGCGGGGCUCCAACAUAUCCCCAGAGACGGGGACAACGGUGAGACCGAUUGUCGGUGGGGCGGCGGCCACUCGGCCCUUCAGCGCCGUAUUAACGCUGGCGCCACCCGCCCGGGUCUGCAACGUGUCGGCGUGAGAUUCUGAUGAAGAACACAACGGUCGGAGGCGCCUGCCUCCUCCUCCUCUCCGUCUCCGCCGCUUUCCCGGGACGCGUCUGUGGUCAGGAGAGGACGCACUCCCAGACCGAGGAGCGACUUUUCAAGCACCUCUUCACCGGCUACAACCGCUGGUCCAGGCCUGUGGCCAACAGCUCGGACACUGUCAUCGUCAACUUCGGCCUCUCCAUUGCCCAGCUCAUUGACGUGGAUGAGAAGAAUCAGAUGAUGACCACCAACGUCUGGCUGAAGCAGGAAUGGUUUGACUACAAACUCACAUGGGAUCCUGGGGAGUUCGAUAAUGUAACCUCAAUCCGUGUCCCAUCUGAGAUGAUCUGGAUACCCGACAUUGUUCUGUACAACAAUGCUGAUGGUGAGUUCGCUGUGACACACAUGACCAAGGCUCACCUCUUUGCGGGCGGCCAUGUCCAAUGGGUUCCGCCAGCCAUCUACAAGAGCUCGUGCAGCAUCGACGUCACCUUCUUCCCCUUCGACCAGCAGAACUGCAGGAUGAAGUUUGGUUCAUGGACCCAUGACAAGUCCAAGAUCGACCUUCGCUUCAUGGACAGGAAAGUGGACCUGAAGGACUACUGGGAGAGUGGUGAAUGGGCUAUCGUCAAUGCUGUGGGCACCUACAACAGCAAGAAAUAUGACUGCUGCUAUGAAGUUUACGUUGACAUCACAUACUCCUUCAUCAUCAGGAGGCUGCCCCUCUUCUACACUGUCAACCUAAUCAUCCCCUGCCUCCUCAUCUCCUGCCUAACCGUCCUGGUCUUCUACCUGCCUUCAGGCUGUGGGGAGAAGAUCACUCUCUGCAUCUCUGUCCUGCUCUCUCUCACCGUCUUCCUGCUGCUCAUCACGGAGAUCAUCCCCUCCACCUCGCUUGUCAUCCCCCUCAUCGGCGAGUACCUCCUCUUCACCAUGAUCUUCGUCACCCUCUCAAUCAUCAUCACUGUCUUCGUCCUCAACGUUCACCACCGCUCACCCAGCACCCACAGGAUGCCCCGGUGGGUGCGCCGGCUGUUCCUGGACUUUGUUCCCCGCUGGCUCUUCAUGCGGAGGCCAACAGAUCCAGCCGAGACGUUUGUCAACAGGCAAGGCCUGCUGGAGCUGGAGCUGGAGACAAGGGUCUCUAGCUUGGGCCUGGCACUCUGCCAUGCCAUGCCAUCAGUGACCCCUCACAGUCAUCUCUGCCAGUGCCACGGCUGGAAUUACGGACCCGGAGAGGGCCCCGAGGUCGAGUCCCGUCCACUGCUCUCUGCCGGCAUCAUCCGUGCACUGGAGGGGGUGAACUACAUCGCCAACCACCUGCGUGCUGAGGAUGCAGACUUCUCGGUCAAAGAAGACUGGAAGUACGUUGCCAUGGUGAUUGACCGGAUCUUUCUCUGGAUAUUCAUCAUUGCUUGCCUGUUGGGAACCAUUGGACUCUUCCUGCCCCCGUGGCUGGCUGGAAUGAUCUGAUGGUGGGAGGACAGUGGAGCCAGGAUCACACACUCCAACCGACCCUGACUACCGUGACCCUGUUCUCCGAGGCAGGGGGUACCUGUGCUCCCACGUACCGGACACCAGGACCACUCUCUACACCCAACUGUUACCAAUAAUGAAA